UUCCAGUCUCCCUGUUAUCGUAGCAGACAUAUUGCUCAUACAUGCAGUGAAAAGGUCUUCUUUAAAGGAAGAAAAACAUGUCAACAAGGGAGAUGUUCAGAUUUCUCACUUUCCUGGUAAUCUGUGGGCUAACAGCGGGGCACCAGGAGGCACAAGAUGCGGAGCCUAAUGGUGAUGAAAACAAACGGGCAUUGCAUCUCCCUAGUUCCCUUCCCCUCAGCAAGGUCAAAGAUGCCAAGAAAGUCUUGAUGAAGACACCCCAUAGGAAAGUCACUGUGGAAUUCUCUGGGUACUUUGGUCGACGUAACAGCGUCGGGGUGCGGAAGAGAGACAUUCUAUUCGUGAUCAAACACGUGAUCGAAGAAGGGGCACAGAAAGGAAUGAAAAACGUCACCAUAUUCGACUUUGAGAAGGCUGCCAAAGCACGUAGUAAAAGAAACACCUUUGGCGACGCUGUGUAUAAAUAUGUUGUUAGUAUUGUCAGAUAACUGUUUGUUGACUGAGUGUGAUACAUAGGCCCUAUACAAUAAGGUGUGUUGCAGAUAUGUCGGCAUAUUCACGCCAAUGUCCAUAAGUGAACUGCCUUUGGGAAUUUAAACAAAUAAAUACCUGAUAACCGACAUGUAGUAGCACUCCUCCAUUACUAAUUACAACUACAAUAUUCACGCAUUUUUUUUUUUUUUUUUUUUUUUGUAAAUAUUUGCCAGCUCUCAAUUAUUGAUCAUUCUCAAUAAUCGAUAAUAUUUGUCUAAAAAUCAUACAGCUUUGACUGCAGACUUAACUAUUGAGUACUGAAAACUGAAUAAAAACGUUCACUAUGCC